AUGGACUACAUUGAAGGUGGAGAGCUGUUUUCACUUUUGAGGAAAUCGAAAGUUUUCCCUAAUCAAGUGGCCAAAUUUUACGCUGCAGAAGUCUUGCUCGCUCUCGAAUAUCUACACUCCAAAAAUAUUGUCUAUCGAGAUCUCAAGCCUGAAAACAUAUUACUGACAAGAUCUGGACACAUAAAAUUAACUGAUUUUGGUUUUGCCAAGGAAGUUGAAACGGCCACAUAUACCUUGUGUGGUACACCUGAUUACAUUGCCCCGGAAGUAAUCGCGGUCCAACCGUAUAACAAAGCGGUCGAUUGGUGGUCAUUUGGCAUUCUGAUUUAUGAAAUGCUGGUAGGCACGACUCCUUUCUACGACACAUCACCCUUAAAAAUUUACGAGAAAAUAAGCAAGUGUGAAUAUGAGGUUCCUCAUUUCGUCGACCCAGAUGCAAGCUCCCUCAUAAGAGGUUUAAUAAUGAAAGACGUCACUUUCAGGCUAGGCAAUCUUCGCCACGGAGUUGAAGAUAUAAAAAAUCAUCCAUGGUUUCAGGAAGUCGUGUGGGAAAAUCUUUUGAGUGGGAAUAUUGAAACACCGUAUGAACCUAAUAUUCCGAAUGGCGUAGGCGACAGCUCCCAGUUCGAGCUAUAUCCCGAAGAAGACUAUGAUUAUGGAAAUGACAGCUCCCCAGAUGACUUUGGGUACUUGUUCCCCGAAUUUUGA